AUGGUGGGCGCGGGCUCCGGCCCCAGCCCGCGGCUCGCGGACCUGAGCCCGGCGCGGCCGCGCUGCGUGCCCCGGCGCUCACCCCUCCCACUCCCACCCACUCGCAGCCACAUCCACUGCCCCGCUCCGGCUGGCUCCCACCAUUCCCGGCCACCUUCUUCGCCCCCGCCCGUCCCCCGCCCCUUCCAGCCACUACCCCGCCCCCCACCCCCUUCUCCACCCUCGCGGACGAGGCAGAGGCCGCCCGCGGUCAGGCCAGGCCGGGUCCACUUGGGGGGCUCACGGUCUGCCCUGCUGUGCACCCCGAGGAGGCCGGGCCCCUGUGUCCAAUCCGGAAGUCGCAGGGAAGUGGGGAGGUCAGGAUGGUGGCGCCGCGGCUCAGGUCCUCCUCCGGGCAGUGCGCGCGGCUCUCACUUCCACGGUCCCGGACCUGCUCUGCCUCCCGGCCCGAGGCUCCCCGCGUGGCCUCGCGUCUGGUCGCCUACCCCUCGCGGCCCGCUCCUCGCAGCAUGGACCUGGAUCCGGGGCGCCUUGGUUGCCAAUUGCCAGGAGGGCCCUGAGCCAAGGAAUUUAGAACGAGUCCACGUGGACAUGCAAGUCUCAGCGAGUGGGGAUUUCCUGCGAGGCCGAGCACGAGGACUAGCCGGCCUCGGAGGCUCUGGCUCGGGCUCGGGGUCUCCCCGGGAACUCGGCAGGCCGAGAAGGCCGGGGCGCUCGCCGGGCUCGGCGCAGUCCUCUGUGUCGCGGGGACGAAGGAGCCGACGCAGGCCAGGAGUCGUGCGCGCGGGCGGCGAGGGGGCGCUGUGGCCCGCGUCUGCCGGCCUGAGUCCUGGCAACGGUGGGCGCGACCCACCUCCUCCCACGGCGGCUUAAUUCGGGGAAGAAGAAAAAACGGCAUCAAGGCAUUUCAAUAAAACUUAAGCGGUUCCUGAUCC